AUGUAUCAACCGGUAUACUACCCAGGUCAACAAUCCAGGCCGGUUAACCACGUCCCUCCGCCGCUACACUUACAGCACUCAAAUUUACACAAUAAUAUUCCCCAACUACCCCAAGCGAAUCCUGGUGAAAUACCAUACCCUCAAGCCAUGUUACCUUCUACCAUGUUUGUUUCGUCGCCCUAUUUCACACCUCCACCUAGUGCUCGUUACGUGAAUCACCAACAUUCAUUCCCACCGCAAUCAUUUCAAUCGUCAGGUGUGUCUUCUCCAAGAUCAUCCACAUCAAAAUCCAGAUCACGACCUCCUCUGAAUAUGCAUACAACCACAAUGACUAAUAGCGAUGAAGGUGAAUACAAGCGAACAUCACCUCCAUAUUUGGCUCCACUUAACAACUCCACCUUAUCCUCCCGAGCAUAUUCUUCUUCGGCAUAUGAUUCGUUGAAUCACAAUAUUGAUCGAUUGAACUUGUCAAGAACCAUUAUAUUGAAAAACAUAUCUGAAGACGUGUCAUUGAAUGAUUUGUUGAACGAGAUUGAUUUUGGUCCUAUUGAAUAUUGUAAAAUGUUUUCUAAACCUACUGCCAAAGCAAUCAAAGAUCAAGAUCCUGAAAUUAGUGACAAUUUGAAAGUUUGCUACAUUUCAUUCAUAAAUUCUAAAGUAUCAAUAUUAUUUCAUUUAAAAUAUAAGAAUUCAGCCAAUUUAAACGAGUUGAAGAAAUCUUUGAAGAACUCCAAACACUUGAAAAUCAAGUUUAACGAAACCAACAAUACUAAUACUAAUGGAACCAGUAAUCCCAAUCAAGAUUUUAUCAAGUUGAAAACAUUAAAUUAUAUUGUUGAAUAUAAUGCCUCUAGAAGUAUUUUGAUCAAAUUCUCGGUAAACAAAGAAUUACCAGAAGAAGUGAAACAAGAAACAAGAAAUGAAGAAAUCGAGUCGUUCAUCAAAACUCAAUGUGGCAAGUUUGGAGAGGCUGAAGAUUUCAAGAUCAAAAUUGAGGAUGAAGAAGAUUCACGUGUACAAGGUAAGGUUUUGGUUCACUUUACAUCUAUUGAUGCUGCAAUUAAAACUUAUGAAAACUAUUUACGAAGAAUUCAGCACGAUACUGAACAAGUAGUCAAUAAUACCGAGAAAACCCGCAAUAACUCUGCUAAAGAUGAAAAAGAUGUCAAUGUCAAGUACGAUAUCAAAUUUACCAAUGUGACUUUCCAUAAGGAUAGAUGCGACAAAACAUUUAUUGAAGGUAACACAAGAAAUAUGUCUCCUGAAUCAUCAAAUUCUUCUAUAAACCAUAAACAUAUUUCUUCAUUUCAAAACAUUCCUGAAGAGAUUGAAACCAAUGAUGAUACAUCUACAAAUAGUACCCAAUUGGAGAACUUCCUUACAUCGCCGGUAUUACAUGAACCCUCUGGAUUGAAUAUAAUUGAACCAAUAAGUCCGAAUUCCUCCGUGAUUGAAGGUCCACAAUCUGUCGAAUCUCCUAUACACCAUGAGUCAGAACUCAUUCAAGAGGAUGUAUAUGAGGACAACCACCACGGUGAGAUUCCUGGCAUGGCUCAUUAUGACAGCUAUUCAUUUGUAUCUUCCGAUUCAAGAUUUUCAGCUUCCAUGCCUCAUUUGAUUCCAAUUCAAGCACCACAAUUCAAUUUGGUUACACCUGAUAUGAUGUCACAAUCCAAUGUAUCAUCAUCUAGCUCAAUACAUUACCCAAUUCAACCUGAUCCAUUAAACAUAGGCAACCGUACUAUUUAUCUUGGUAAUUUACAUCCAAAUACCACCGUGGAAGAAAUUGCCAAUAAUGUUCGUGCCGGAGGAUUAGUUGAGUCGAUUAAUCACCGUCCUGACAAAAAAGUAUGUUUUAUCACUUUUGUUGAUGCUAAUGUUGCAUUCAAGUUUUAUCUUAAUCAUCAAGUUUUGCAUCAAUUGAUCAUUCAUGGCUAUGAUGUUACCGUGGGAUGGGCUAAGCAACAUAGUGGCCCAUUAUCGCAUGAAAUUGGACUUGCUGUAACUGCGGGAGCUUCAAGAAAUAUAUAUAUUGGUAUCAGAGUGAACAAGAACCAACCAGCCGACAAGGAGAAGCCUAGAUUACCCGAUGAAAACCAAUUACGAAUGGAUUUCUCCAAGUUUGGAUUAUUGGAACAAAUUAACUUCUAUCAUAAUAAAGAUUGUGGAUUUUUGAAUUUCUUGAAUAUAAGAGAUGCAAUUAAAUUGGUUGAAAUAUUCGAUUGUGAGGAAUCGUUAGCAAUUUCGAAAUUACGAAGAAUGUUUAAGAAUUUUGAAAGUGAAGAAGAUACAGCUGCAUUCUACAACAAGUAUAAACAAUUUAAGAUUAGUUUCGCCAAGGAUAGAUGCGGAAAUCCUCCUAAAUUUUCAUACAAAAAGAAAGUUCCUGGAAGUUUUGGAUCAUCUUAUCAAUUGCAAAGUUUCAAUGGUAGUGAAAAUGGUAUCAUUGAUACUAACAUGAGGCGCCAUAGAAAACUCAGAAAGAAUCCUGAAGAUUAUGACGAGAAAACAAGAAUGAACGAGGCAGAUAUCUACAUGGAACAAACUAUCAAUGAAGAAGCAGCUAUGGUAUUUGGAAUUAUCAGCAAUCAAGAAAAGGCAAAGACCGAUGACAAGGAGCAGGAUUCAUCCGAUGCAGAAAUCAACGGCGAUGCCCAUACUGAACUUGAACUUGCUAGAGAGGUUGAAGCAAUCAAUAUAGGUAAUGGUGAGCUCAACGGUGAGGCAAUAGAAAAUGGGAAAGAGGAAGAAGAUAGCGAUGACGACGAUGACGAAGAGGUUUCUAUUAUUAUUGGUUCCGAUGAUGUUGCUGAAUUAGUUUCUAAUAACGAAUCUAAGAAAACGGAUGCACCUAUCAAGAAGAAUAAAGGAAGAUCUCGUCGUAACAAGCAAAACCGCCAAAAUGUUUAUCGUAAACGUUUCAACCAAUCCGAUAUUUCUAUGCCUUUGGGAAGUAAUUCAGCAAGUUCAUCUACAUUGUCGUUAAACAGCAGUUUUAUGAAUUAUAAUCCUCCUCAAAAUUUUACUACUGCAACAACUCCAUACGGGCAACUGCAACCACACCAAACGAGCUAUUUUAUGCCGCUUAGUAGAAAUUCUUCAAGUUCGAAUAUUCGAAAGGGAUAUUACUCACAUACCCCUUCGAUUGUUCCAGAGUAUUACCAUAUUCAACCACCUCCAAUUUACUACCAACAGGUAGCAACACCAACCCUUCCCCAUCAAAAGAAGUUUGCUGACGGAUCUGCCCCACAAAUUAAUAAGAACCCUUAUUUCUUUUCCGGAUCCCAAGUGAUGGCACAAUAUUUGGCCAAGGCUCGUAAUGAGAAUUUAUUUUAUGUUCCAACAUGGUUAGCAAAUGAUGUCGAGGUUGACCAAGAUCAAAUUUUCGAAGAAUCUGGGAAUUUAAGACUUAAUAACGGUACAAAUCCGUAUAUUCCUGGAUCUCGUCAUUGAGAAUAUUGUAUAAUUACAAGUUAACAAAACAAAAAGGUAGGGGAGACAAAAGGUAUAGAUUGAAAAAUUGUAUACAUCCGACAGAGCCGGGCUCUGUUUUUAUAUAUCUAAAUAGAAUAAAUCAUGGUUUGUGAUAUUAAUUGUAGAAAUGGUAAUGCGAAAUGCUAUAUACAUAGUGUAUUCAUUCGGUCACAUUCAUUGCAAGUGAGGAAUAUGUUCCUAUAACGGCAGCUGACAAAGAUAAUACAACACCAAUCUUGAGGAAAACUUUAUGUAUUGUUCCAAUAUUAUCCCCAUUCAACUUCAUAUAGAACAAUAAUGGCAAUGCUAAACAAACAGUAAAACAAAUUGCACUUCCCAAAAAUGAAACUAAUUUACCAAAUGAAGUGAAUAACAACCCGAGUGCUAAUAGUAAACUGAAAAAGAUUGCCCUGGCAACUAUUCUGGUAAAUCCAUAGGUAUCUGCCAAUUGCCCUUCCUUAUCCACUACAACAUAUUUCGGAGUCAAUCCAAAUACGUUUUCAUAACUAGUAAUUAUGGGCUUUGUAACCAAGGGCAAUUUAGAUAAGGGAAGCAAACCCAUGAGAAGACAUAAUAUCUUGUUGAUGUAUUUAGGGUAAUGUGGGUUAUUCAUAAUAGUUUUGAUGAUAGAAUCAUCCACCGUAUUCCCAAACAUCAAAUAUCCCAAUGCUCCAAUAGCCAAAUCCAAGAAAAAUGUAGUUGAAAAUGAAAUAUUACAACUUUUACUGUAUUUUCCAGGAUGUCUCAUAUCGCGAUACAAUUCAGGAAAUACAGGAUGUCCACCCCAGGGUGCCAUAAAGAUACCUAAACUAAACAACAAAUUUUUCCAUGCUGGAGGUAACAUGCUAGUUGCUUCAGGGAAGAUCAAGGAUCCAGGCUGUUGGUCCAGCAAAAACCCACAUAAUACGAUAAUUAUUAUGAUGCACAAAGUACCCAAUAUUCCUAAUAAACUGAAUAAAGACAAGAUACUCAAAGGUAAUAAUGACAAAAGAAAGAUCAACCCCACAAUUAUAAUUUUAAGAGCAUGGAUAUGUGGCCAUACUAUCAGUAACGAAUCAGCAAACAAGAUAAUCAAAGUUAAUGAAGCUCCUGUUAAAUCAAAGAUGAAGAAAAAUGUGACGAAAUACAGGAAAUAUGGACCACCGAAUUCAUGUGCAAUAUCACCAUAGGUCAGGAGAUGGUGAUACUGCCUUAAAAUUCUUCCUAAAUAUUUUGCAGUGAUGUUGGAACAAAAUGCAGUAAAUAACAUAAACAACAUUCCAAACAACCACCCAGACAACCUAAAUCCAAAUGGCAAGGUUAACAUGGCAAUUCCCACGAGUGUAUUAACGGAAUUGAACACGGUCUGUGGAACUGUCGAGUUCCCUGUGAUUAUUGUGAAUGAACUUCUCUUUGUAGAAAUUCUGGAUAGUUCAGGUAACAACAGAGUCUCCUCAGUAUCAACUGCACAUUCUUCAUCAACUUCAUUCGUGGCUUGGAAUCGAAAUGGACCAUACAGGUCUGGAGUUACAAAUUCAACUGCUUCUUCGUUACUCACAGAAGGUUGACGCGACAAUUGCUCUAUAAGAUUCCCGCCCUGCUCUAUUAAUGUAGAUCCGAUAUAUUGUUGUGCUCUAGUGUACGACGAUGCAAAAUUGUUGAUGGAGUUGGGUCCUCCCAUAUCUAAUAUGGAAGUUCUCCUUUCUCUCCUAGGAAUUGGACGUACCUCCGUUGGCGUGGACAUAUGUCAAACUUGUUAAAUGGAUAUCUUUCUAGAUAAUAAGCCUUAGGUAAGGGAAUGUUGGUUUCCAGAUCUUUUUCUGCAAGAUAAGAUUUGAUGGAUCGUCACAGUCAAAUGAUAUGGCGGUAUUGCACCUAAAAAAUAACAACGUCUUUCUGCAAUCAAGAAAAAUUAUAUCUGUAGUAAACUGCCUCUAUGUUUCUCUGGUAUUUUCUACUUGAUUUGUGCUAUAUUGCAAGUAGACAACCACCCUGUAACCGUUGGAU